UACACAUAUAAACAUUGCCUUCUCACCAACGUAGAGAUCAACUAUUCCCUAUUGAACCUAUUCUUCCUCAUAUUUACUUCUUUGCUUACGCUCCACGAGAUGCCAGAAAUUGCCGUUCCGCUAUGGAUCAACGGCAAAGCCAUCACCAGCUCCUCAACCUUCCCCGUGACCCAGUCCACGAGCUCCGAAACCGUCCAUCACGCCAGCGCAGCCAGCCCUGAUGAUGCCAUCCACGCGGUAGAAGCCGCCAAGUCCGCUUUCAAAGAAUGGAAAAAGAGCUCACACGUCACCCGUCGGGAUCUCCUUCUGCGUGUAGCAGCUCACUACGAGUCGCAUGCCGCGGAACUCAUCCAGCACCAGAUGAAGGAAACGUCUUGCUCGGAAGCCUGGGGCAAGCAGAAUGUGGAACUGGCGUCGCGGUAUCUGAAGGAGAUCGCCGCGUGUACGAGUUCCGUGAUCGGCGGGUCCAUGCCGCCUCUUGAGAAACCUAAUACCAUGGGGUUCGUCUUCAAAGAGCCCGUGGGGCCGGUGUUGUGCAUCGCGCCGUGGAACGCUGCGUUGGUGUUGGCGACUCGUGGUAUUGCGAGUGCGAUUGCCGCUGGGUGUACUGUGGUGUUCAAAGCGAGCGAGCUGAGCCCCCGGACGCACUAUGCUAUUGUUGAAGCGUUUUCGCAGAGCGGACUGCCGGAUGGGGUGCUGAACCAGAUUCAGACUAAGAGAGAUGACGCAGUGGAGGUUACUGAGGUGGUUAUUGCGCACGAUGCCAUUCGCAAGGUGGAGUUUAUAGGGAGUGCGGCAGUGGGGAGGAUCAUCGCGCAAGUGGCCGCGAAGUAUCUAAAGCCUGUGGUUAUGGAGCUAGGAGGGAAAUGCCCGGCAAUUGUGCUGGACGAUGCUAAUCUAGAAGAAGCUGCGAAGGCUUGUGCUAUGGGGGCUAUCAUUAACCACGGCCAAAUAUGCUUUUCCACUGAACGCAUCAUUGUUCAUGAAGCCGUUGCCGAGGAAUUCCAAAAACAUCUCAUAAAGGCAAUGAAAGAGUCCGGCAGUCACGUUGGCUCAGCAGUCAGCCAGGGUAUAGCGCAACAUGCGAAUGACGUCCUGGAAGAUUCCAAACGUGCUGGCGAGACUUUCCUACUUGGAGGACCAAGUUCCGACCCGAUAUCCCUCCAGCCUACAAUUGUGCUGAAUCCCAAGGAUACGCGCAUUGUCGAUGAGGAGACUUUCGGACCAUCGGCCUCUCUUUAUGUCGUCCCUCAGAACAAUUUUGACGAAGCUGCCAUUGAGCUUGCCAAUCGCUCAGCUUAUGGACUAAAUGCGACUGUCUGGACUCGCGAUAUGGCUCGUGGAUUGGGAAUUGCCCGUGAGCUGGAGUAUGGGCAAGUGCAUGUCAAUAGUAUAACCAUAUACACUAGCCCGACUGCAAGCCAGGGCGGGGUGAAGGCCAGUGGCUGGGGGAGGAUGAAUGGCGGUUGGGGAAUUGAUGAGUUCUUAACUGAGAAGUUUGUGAGCUGGCAUGGCGUAAGUUAAUUGGCGGCCACCCUUCUAUCAAUCGACUCGACCUCUUUGCUAUCUCUCACUGUGCCCUUAAAGAAGCUCGUCCUAUCACACAUGCAGCACGUGCAACUCUGACACAGUUAUCAGCCCAUUUUCCAGAGGAGAGAGAUAGUUUUGAUAAGUUGGCAGAGGUGAAAAAAAAGAACUUCUGAUUCUGCCCGAGGACUGUACCCCACCCCGAGCCUGAGACCUUGUCAGUCUGCUUAACGGUUUGGUAACAGAGGCGAGAUAGGAUGCAAUCACUCAGACCUAAUCAUCAUCUUAGUCAGCAACCCUCUGACCCAGCCCAGCUGCUAAACCAGAAUUCAAGUCAAAUUUGAAAUGAAGGCGGUUAUGGCGGAUCGAACUCAGAGCACAUGCUUCAUCCCAAGACUCAACAGACAGCGAUCUUUGACUGCCACAGUCUAGACCAAGCAACUGCUUGGAGAUCACUGGAAGAUCAAAUGUAGAAAUUUCCUGAUUCUGAAGUAUAUGUACAGGAAGAAUAUAUCUUUCAAGAACGUUAGUGGAAGAAGAUAUCCCUGCUAACAAGCUCGAAGACACUGCUCUCUUGCACUACGUAUCUUAUGAUCUACUACUCUGAGGUUCUAUAACCAAAGUAUAUACAGAUGAUUAUCAUGUGUAGAGUUGCAGGGGUCGGAAAUAUAUUCGUACUAUCGUACAUCGAGACUCCAAGGAAGACUGUGAUAAACUGCCUCUGUGAGGUCAUACGAUCCAUCUGGGAGUGAUGAAUGAGCGUUUGGUU